CGGCCCGGGACUGGCGGGCCGGCCAUGGGGCGCGCCGGGCCGGGGUGGGGGCCCGCGGGGCUGUGGGUGACGCUGGCGCUGGCCUGGAGCGCGGCAGUGGCUCUGGCCGCCGAGGAGCCGGCCGAGCCGUGCGGGGCGGAUGGGUGGGCGCAGGACGCUGUCCCGCCGGGCGCGGCCUUCGUCGCCGCCGCGUCGUACCGGGGGCCCGGCAACAACGACACGCGGAGCAACAAGGCGCUGCCCAUCCUGCUGUGGUGGAGCGGGAGCCUCUUCCCGCACUUCCCCGGCGACACAGAGCGCAUCGACUGUCCCCGCGGUUCCUGCCUCGUCACCCGGAGCCGGCGGGUGGCCCGGCACCGCCGCACCAAGGCGCUCAUCUUCUACGGCACCGACUUCAGGGCGUACGAGGCGCCGCUGCCCCGCCUGCCCCACCAGACCUGGGCGCUCUUCCACGAGGAGUCCCCCAUGAACAACUACGUGCUCUCGCACUCGCCCGGCAUCCGACUCUUCAACUACACGGCCACCUUCCGCCGGGAGUCCGACUACCCGCUCACGCUGCAGUGGCUGCCCGGCACCGCGUACCUGCGGGCCCCGGCCGUGCCCCUGGCCGAGAAGGACGCGUGGCGGCGGAAGGGCUACGGCCCCGUGCUGUACAUGCAGUCCCACUGCGAUGUGCCCUCGGACCGGGACCGCUACGUGCGGGAGCUCAUGAAGUACAUCCAGGUUGACUCCUAUGGUAAAUGCCUGCAUAACCGUGAGCUCCCCAGUGAGCGACUGAGAGACACUUCUACAGCCACUACAGAAGAUUCUGAAUUUAUGACUUUUAUUGCCAGGUACAAGUUCCAUCUGGCCUUGGAGAAUGCCAUAUGUGAUGACUACAUGACAGAGAAGCUGUGGCGCCCCAUGCACUUGGGUGCUGUCCCAGUGUACCGAGGCUCCCCAGCUGUGCGGGACUGGAUGCCAAACAACCUCUCCAUCAUUCUUAUAGAUGAUUUUGACAGCCCCCAAGAGCUGGCAAAGUAUCUGGAUUUCCUGGACAAGAAUGGAGAGGAAUAUUUGAAGUAUCUAGAGUAUAAAAAUGCCGGUGGAAUCAAAAACCAGUUCUUGCUAGAGAGCUUGGAGAAGCGGGAGUGGGGUGUGAAUGACAUGACUCUGCCCAAUUACCUGAAUGGCUUCGAGUGUUUCAUCUGUGACAAGGAGAGCACCCGGGUCAAAGAGGAGCAGGAACACAAGAAGUCUCACGGAAAAAUUCCAGCUCCCAGACCUCAUAUAGCUCAGUUCAAGCACAUGGGAUGUCCUAUGCCAACCCCCGGGUUUGGAAGUGUUGAAGACCUCUCUGGUGGAGACAGUUGGAAAGAAAUGUGGCUCCAGGAUUAUUGGCAAAGCCUUGAUCAGGGUGAGGCCCUCACUGCUAUGAUUCAUCGCAAUGAGUCUCAUCAGGGAAGAUUUUGGGACUACAUGCAUGAGAUUUUUCUGAAGAGGACAAGGCAGCACUGACCCAUGUUUGUAAGGACUUGAUUUGAAAUUUGCAUUGAAAGUUGAGACUGUGUAUUCUUACUCACUUCAAAUGUUUGCCUUGAAAAAACAAAACCAAAAAAAACUCUUACAGAGACAAUUUUUUCUGGUGCACGAAGUGACUAAGUUUCUGUUAUGAUUGGAUUUCAGCAGUGGAAACGUUAGUAACUGCUUUGGUUUGAGUUUCAGCUCUGUGGUGUGAAGCCACUCCUGGCUUGCAGGUGUCAACAUGUGGGGCAAAAGAGGAAUUUAUUCUCCUUUUGCAUUUGCUAUACUUAUAUUGUAAUAUGUCUUACAUGACUUCAGGCUCUUGCUCAAGUGCCCUAAGAUAUUUCAGGGAUUUUUUUAGGUCUUCAGAAUAUUAGUUGUUUUUUUUAAGUAUUUUAUCAAUCACAUGUUUUCUUCAUUAAGAUGUACUUUUAGUUGCUAUUAACAAAUGGCUUUUCCAGUGAAGGAAUUACAAAAGACAAUUCUGUGAAAAGCAAUCGUGCCUUAUGAAAUUGCUGCAAUAAAGUCUCUUCUCCCCAAGUAACAUGCCUCAAAUACUCCUCCUUUUCAAGAUAACUGAGUAACUAUAGGGAGGUCACUUAACUCUGCCUAAUUUUCCUCUUCUGAUGACUUAGCAGAUCAUAUGUACAAUGGGAUGAGAGAACAAUUUAAGCUGCAACUUUCAACAAAGUAUUUCACACCAGAAAGUGUAUUUCACACCAGAAAGGUAUUGUGUAGAACAAAAUAAAAUUCUACACUUUGGUUCUUUUAAGUUUCCAUCAAAUCUGAAAUCUGUAAUCUCAAUUUACUGUUAUCUCCUUAAUGCUAGCAAUUCAGAGGCCUUGGAUUUUUUCCUUUUGAGUAUGUGCAGCUUUCUGCAAAGACAAAUACAUUUUCACAAUGGUGCCUUUGCAGUGGUCUGUGCAGUUUGGAUACAAGUCUUGAAGUCUUUGUAUGCUGAAAUGGGUGAUCAGAGCCAGGUGCACUGAGGUGGUUUUGUAUCUCUGUCGACCUUAACACAUUGUGAUCCUGGUCUGUGACCAGAGUUCCUGAGUGACAACUUGUGGAUUGAUCUUCCUUGCUGCAUAGCCUGUAUUGCUUACAGGUAUAAAUAAACUCCACUGUUCCCUGCCAUAGAGGGUAUCUUUCUGAAAUAAUUGAUCUUGCAGUGGAGGGAAACUAAUUAAUUCAGGGUCAAAGGUUUAAAUGCACAGGCAAAUAUGGCCAUAUGCAGUGAUGUCUCUGAUGGUAUAAUGCUAUUUUCUUUCUUCGUUUCCCCUCCUUCAGAAGUUAACUACUGACUAAAGACCCAGAGUUUAUCUGUUCUUAAGACAGUUUGUUGGUAAUGAAAAUUGUGUAAUUUGAUUUUGUAAGACAGUUUUGCGUUGCUAUGGGAAGUCUGAUGUCUGUCAGUAAGUUAGUAACAGCAGUGACUCUACAUUCUCUUCCUAAUUACAUCACUGUCUAUUGCGUAGUGCUGCAUGGUUCACCUAAUAUCUUUUUAUUUCCCCUCAAAUUCCCCUUCAUAAUGUUAUAGAUAUGGGAUUACAGGUAUAAUACCAGUAUAGGUAAUGAUCAUUUCCAUGUUUGCCUCUCAGGUGACGUAACAAUAUUGCCAUGUUAAAAUCAGGGCACGUGACAGUAAAGACUUCAGACCCAUGACUAUCACUGGCUUUUUAUAAAUGUAGAAAAUGCAUGCAGUGUACAUUGUUUUCACCUAAUUGUUUUUAGGAGAAGAAUGGUUUUUUAUGUCUCUUCUCUAAUAACAGUAACAGGUGAUUCUUCAGCUAAAAUGCAUUUAUCAAUUUAAGUUCCUUUUUUUCAGUUAUUCAGGAGACAUGAAUACCUAAGAGAAUAUAUCUUAGUUAAUUGUUAAACUGGAUUACUCAUAUCAGAUUAAAAAUUAUAGAUGUGUAUUCAGGAUUGAUGAGGCCACUUGCUGGAGAAGUAAAUUAAGAUAAAACAAAUUAAGGCUGCUUUAGUUCUGAAUAUUGACUUCUACUAAUCAAGUUAAUGAUAUUUAGGUAAAUUGUUUGAAUUAAUGCCUUCAAUGACUUAAUUUCAUUUUUCUGUAUAGAAAAUAAUUCAGUCUUCUUUAACUGCAUUCUCUUAAUUAGCUAUAUCUCAAAACACUUUCUUGUUCAAAUGUUUGGUGGACUAGCCAGGAGAAAUUGUGAUCUUUCUUUUUGUACUAAACAUAAAAAAUAAGAACCAGGUACUAGCACAUGCUACUUUUACUAUUUUAUCCUGUAAUUUAAGUAGAUUUUUCAGAAGUGCAGCAUUUAUAGUAAUUUUCAGGUCUUUAAUAUAACGUAUCUACUGUUGCCAAAAUUAGACAUGCUACAUUUAAUGCAUUGUCCUUACAUGAGUAACAGGAGGGAGUACCAGUAUAAGUAUGUGCAUCAGCACCUGCUUAGUCCUUGCUGAGUGAUGUCCAAAGCCCCAUUUUGUCUUCCUGCUCAGCAACAUGAGCACGUUUCUCAACUUACAGUAGCAUUGAAGAUGUGGUGGUACAAGCUGAAUAGUAGCUAGCAAAGUAGGUAAAAACUCCUUCCCUGGGGCCCUGAUUUGUUCAUUAGCUGUUUCACAACCGAGUAUUCCUUCACCAUUAUAUACUUCCUGUAGUCAGUAUAUUACCAUCAACAGCCAACCAGGUUAUUUUGUUAGUCCUGCAGGGUUUCUUUGUUGCUUUGCUCUGUGUCUAUACUACAGAAGGCUGUUGCUUUGAGCUUGAUGACCGUUGCCGAGCAUGAGUAUUUCUGAUUGUCUUCUACCUUCUUAAAGUGUGUAUGGAAAGAGUACGGAUCUGAAAGUAACUUGAUUACAGAUACUCUAUGGGUUUUGUCUGGUUUUCAAAGUACAAUUUCCAGUUUGUAGUUGAGUCACAAGUCAUUUGAUAGCUUUCUUUUCUGAGUUUUUGGUGUCAUCCUAGGUUUAACUGUUUUUUACAGUCUUAGAGGUGGUGAACUUCUCAAAAGGUAAUGAGUAUUAGCUACCACUCUUAGCUGUGAAGCUCACCCAAGCCUUGUUUCUUUUGUAUCUGCAGUGUUUUUUUCUGUAGUCGUAGAUCAUACUAGCUUUCAUCUCCUCUAUGUCACAAUACUUCCAUGAUUUAUAAACCGUGUGUCUGUGGCCUCUAUUAAUAUAGUAAAUUUAUUUCACUUUUUAUGUAUGGUGUGUAAGAAUUAAGGCCGGAAUAUUUAUUCAGUGCAUGGUAUGAAUACUUUGUGUAGCUGCCAGGCAAACUCUGCAGGGACAGGAGAGGUGGGAAUUCUGCCCAGCUGGAUAAAGAGUUGUGGCUGCAGUUGCGUUCGAUGCUGCCGACCUUCACAGCAUCUACUGCUCUGCACAGCAAGGACUACAAAACGUUGAGUAAACAUUUUGCCAUGGCUUUGCUUUCACUCUCUCCUGUUAUU